AUGAGUGAAUAUAUUCGAAGUCCUUUAAUAAGGAUUAUGUAUGAAAAGUUGGAACAUCAGAAUAAACACUUGAACUCAGACCAUAAUCAUUGGUAUGAAUACCAUCCUGAAUAUAUGGAAAAUGAAUUUCGGGAUAAGUUUAUUAAGUGCAAACAAGAUGAAGAGACUAGUGCUUUUUUGGAAAAUUGUUUCGUCAAGUCGGAUUGGUUGUUAACACACUUUUGCCAUGCCAUUGCAAAGGCUGUGUUGACAUGGUUCAUGACAUCGACUUCAAUAAAUGGUUUACUUGGUCGUGGUUCCAUGUUUGUCUUUUCAUCAGCACAGUUUCUUCGUUUGUUAAACGUUAAUGGCAAUUUCAAAUUUGAUUAUCUGCUUGACUUAGGAGCCGGUGAUGGCAAUGUUACAAUGAAAAUGGCCCCCUUCUUUAAUAACGUUUAUGUAACAGAAAUAUCCCCAGUAAUGCGUUGGCGUUUAAGUAAACAUGGUUUCACAGUGUUAGAUGUUGACUCGUGGGAUUUUCCAAAUAAAGAAUGGAAUACACAGAAAGUCCCAUCUCAUUUCGAUGUUAUAAGUUGCUUAAACUUAUUAGACCGGUGUAUAGCUCCCAUAACCCUUCUAAAGCGCAUUAGUCGAGCAUUAAAACCAAUAACAGGAGUUUUAAUUCUCGGCAUAGUUCUACCAUUAAAGCAGUAUGUUGAAACUACCACAGAUAAGCGACCGAAUGAAUUACUUGGAAUAACUGAUAGUGAUCAGUGGGAAGUACAAUUGUCUAGUUUAAUUAAAAAUAUUCUUAUCCCAGCUAACUAUGAAGUAAUACGUUGGACACGUUUGCCAUAUCUAUGUGAAGGUGAUUUUUCUAGAUCAUUUUAUUCUUUAAAUGAUAUUGUAUUGGUUUUAAGAAAUUCAAUUACUGAAUAG